AGCCGAGAGUACUACACUCGAAGCGUGUUCGUAUCGCGUUCCGCGUCGAGCUUUUCCAUCUGCUCCGAUACCAGUUCGCGUUCAUAUACCCUGUUUCCGUUUCUGUUUCUCAUUCCGGUGAACUUCGUGAACCCCUUGGUUCGAUCGACGCGCAUCAACCCUCCCGCGGCUUCGGCAGAGAAAAAGAAUCCGCGGGAUCAGCAGCUACCGAGAAAGCAGAGAAUCACGUUUCGAUAAUGGCGAGUGGAAAUCGAUCGGUUUUAACGGUGAAUUUAAUGGUUAAUCUUCGAUGAAAUUAUUUAUCGACAAAAGGAGAGUAAUCGUCUCUUGGGUGAUUAAGAGACACGAACGAGCCAGGGUGUUACGAUGGGCGUGAAUAGUUGACGACGCCAUGUGACCGCGAGUAAACUGGAAAUCUCGUGUAUCGAUGCUGUGCUCGAUGUUUAAGUGCCACGGAUGAUAACCGGAUGUUUAUCAAGUGACGGUGUAGAGGAGAGUUAAACUCGGAAAAGGAACAAGGUGAUCGAAUCGGUGCUUCGGUGAGGAUUACUGCCAAGGGUAGAAAUCAGUAGUGAUGCCGUGAUGGGCUGCAGCUCGGGAUCCUUCUUCCUGGCUACGCUCCUCGUGGGUGGAUUACUGCAGGUCAUCCUGUUCAGUGAAACGUCUCAUGCAACCCGGUUACGACAGAGAUCUGGUCCCACCGACACACCGAGGGGUGGGUCCGUGAACGAGGCCGGCGUUUUCACCCUUCGUGGUAGACAAGAGGGUGGACGACGAGGCAGAAGAACAACGACGAGCACGACUAGUACAACAACGUCCAGCUCGACGUUGAUUUCUCUGUCGGACGAGGUGGCGCAGCCUGCAGCCCUUUUAGCCCCAGAAGAGGACUUAUGGUCUACCAGCUCCUCCGGUACAACCAACGUUCCUGUAUCCUUGGAUACAGCCGCCACGCCGUCAAAGCCACCCUUGGAACUGGUGGUGAAACCUCACAGCAAGGUCGAACUGCCGUGCGAGCUUGAAGGAAAUUACUCGAGGCUACUGCUGCCCGGGGCCAGAAGCUACAGAAUACGACCAGCGACAUGGUUGCACGAGGGAAGUCCGGUGGAUAUGAUUACAAUCAACACGAGAACGGAGGUGAGCGGGACUGGACACAGAUACAUCGGCGACUCCAUCACGGCUUCGUUACAUAUAGACAACGUUAGAUUGGAAGACGACGGUAUAUGGGGUUGUACGUUGGAGGACGAUCAGGGAAAGAUACUCGCUGGCAGACCCGUGAAGCUCGUCGUUCUUGAGGCGCCCCGGGGGACGUAUCUGCUGAUAGAUGGGCGAAGGUUGGAUCCGGGAAACCAGUUCGUGCCGGUGAAAGAGGGGUCAGAGUUGACGUUGGAGUGUGCCGCCGAGGGUGGAAACCCACCACCCGAUUUAGCAUGGGGGAUGACUUUGUCGCAAGCCACUUUGGACGGUCCGGAACAACCACCGGACAAUUUGACCGUGUUGCCCUCGACACCUGGCAGGCGCAGCGGGGCACACCUUAAAGUUCUUAGGGGACACCAUAACGCAACCAUCGCUUGUGUCGCUCGUCAUGUAACCCUAACGAUACCCAUAAAUGCGAGCAUCCUUCUGGACGUGCAAUAUACUCCGUCGUUCGCGAUAACACGUUUACCUGGUUUUGGAAUUCCGAUCGUCGAGGGGAUGUCUGUCAGCUUGAAAUGCGAGGUGGACAGCAAUCCGGCGAGCACUCCAAUCUGGCAAAGGGACAAUGGACCGCCUGUCGAGCAGAGCGACGACGGAUGGUUGAAUUUCACAAAAAUCACCCGCGCCGAGAGCGGCUGGUACAAAUGUUACACCAGGCAUAUGCUCGGUAUAUUCACCAGCAUCGGCUAUUUUCUCAACGUUCGCUAUGAUCCAGAUAUAGAAACAGAAGCGGAAGCGUUGAACGGCGAGGCGACCGAUUCCCGGAAGAUGGAGGUUCAGAUCGGUGGCGCGGUGACUUUGGAGUGCGACGGUGGUUGUUGGGGACACGGUCCUGGAAUGGAUCCAGUCGGUGGACCUGGACCAUUGGCGCUGAGUCGAGUCGUUUACCAAGAGGCUGGCGAGUAUCGAUGCGUCGCACCUGACAGGAAAAUGCAGGACACGUGGCGUGCACAGCUUCCCUAUCACAUCAAGGUUACCGGUCGACCCAUGGUUUAUCCACCAACUCAAACAGUGACAUCGAAGGAGGGUGAACCUUUGAAUAUCGUCGUGGAAUUUUGCGCUGAACCGAGAUACACUAAAGUGUUCUGGAUAUCCGAGGAAAACGUUUAUGUACCUGGUGCACCAUCCAGAGACGGUGUUCAAGCACUUGCUAUCGAGGACGGAGGCACGGAGUCCUGUUACAGGACGGUGUUGAGCUUCGACACGAUUCAAUGGUCGCACGCCGGAGAAUGGUUGCUGUUAGUCCGCUCGUCGGAAGGGAUAGCGGACGCUUCCGUUCUCUUGAACGUGACACGAGCCUCCGAGUACAGUCACGCUCACUUCCGGUCAACGAAUCUCACCUGUCUAUCGCUGUCUCUACUCUUGCUCGUUCUCCAAGAGUAUCGUCGUUGAAUUCACUCGUCCUAACUGUUUCUCGCUACUCGAAAAUCAAAAAUAAAAGAAACUUACUGGGGUAGAAACGAAGGGAUAAAGAAAUACAGUUCCGUCGUUCUUCCAGCGACGAUUGUACAUAAAACUAACGAAAUAGAGAGGGUGGGUGAAAAACGUUUGAUGUGUUCUUGAAAAGUCGAGGCGACUCGAUGACGAUGCAACGAGAAUCGUGUUUGUUAGGUAUCGAAAAAUGAGCGCGCUUAAUACGAGAUUUAAAAAAAAAAAAAAAAUGAAACGACGCCUUUUAUCGACGCUGUCAAUGAACGAUUCAGAGCUUCCCGGCAACGACGAUAAUCCGGCCUCGACGUUCCUUACUCGUUGGAUCUCGUUGCUAAGAUUCCAAUUCUCUUUUUUUAUUUUUUAAAUACCCUACGACUUUCCUAGAAGAUAGGCGACGAUACGAGGUAACAACCGUGCAUGUACCGUUUGAUUUUCCUUUUAAAUAAGAUACCUUGGUUCCUCCGGGGGGGAACCAAACGAAGGGGGUUGUUGUUUCCAUGUGCGCUCGAAACUUCGAAACCAACGACUUCGAGUCCGCCCGCGACGUAGCGGAUUCAUCAGCUUUCGAAGAAAUAUUGUUACGCGAUUUCGAAUGCUUUCGAUUCGUCUCGAUUCAAGACGGAAGCCAUGAUGCUACGUUGCUAGCCACGGCGGGGCACGUGUAAAUAUUUGUAUAGUUUAUUUGUAAGGAUACGACAUGGCGGAGAUUGAGGCACGCACCGAACUCGAAGACCAAUUUUUCAUCGAAGAUUGUACACGCUCGAUGCAGGUCCGAACUGGUGAGUGAAAUUUUUACCGGAAUAUUAGCGACACGAAUUUCCCGACCACCGAGAAAUUUUUCUCGACUCAGUUCGCCCCUGGUUCGAGGGUAAUUGUUGAACCUGAGACUCGCAACACCAGCGGAGGUUUUCAAUGAACAAAGAUAGGAUUGAUCCGAAUAUGUGUAGGGAUAAGGGGAGACGAAUGAAAGGGAUGAAGGAAUAUUCCAAGAAUAGGAGCAUUAAAGGUAAAUUGUUGUAUAUUAUUUUAGGUAAGUAGCGUUUAAAUAGCGUGUAUAUAGUGAUUGUAAAUGCAUAGGCUAUCGUACACCGACGGCUAUGUAUGACGAAUUAUACGGUGACGCUGUUAGAGAUAUAUUUAUUAUUCGUUGAUAUAUUUUUAUAAAGUUUUAUUUAGCCAUAAGUUCUCGUUCGCCUUCCCCCCUCCUGGAUGUCGCGUAUCGAUCGUGGUCAGUUUCGUUGAGAGAGGUGAGAGAAUGGGAGAGAGAGCUGGCUCGAUCAUUUCAGUUCAGAACGUUUCAACGAGGAUCGUAACAAUAAAACGCACUCAGCUAAACCCCCUACGAACGUUCUAAAUUAAACGUGCAGUGAGUUGCAUAAAUAUUUUCUAUCCCUUCGAUCAAUGCAUGCAUAACAGAUUUUCAGAAAAACAAAAUUUUUAUUCAUUUCAUUAUUAUAUUAGAAUUAUUUAUCGAAGCAUCAAAUCAUUCGCGUCAGUAGAUUAUACUUCACAGAGGAUGGUCUGACCAUAGUACACUUUUACUACUUGCCAGUGUCCAGCCACACUAAACAAGUAGUAAUUAAUUUUAUUACAUUAAAAUUAUUUAUUGAAGCAUUGAGUCAUUCUUUGGUACAUUAUUCCUGACAUAAAAUGACCGUCUGACCAUAAUAGAUUUAUACUACUUGCCAGUGUCCGGCUACACUAAAUAUCCAGUCCUUUACUUUAAUAUCAACUUUAUUGUCCGAAAUCAAUUUAAUAUGACAAGAACUUAAUUUAAUUAUUGGAAAAUGGACAUUUUGGAUUACGAUCAUUUUGAUCCAUAAUUAAAACGUCAUUAUAUUAUGUGAAUUUGAAGAGUAAAUCGUGAAAAUAUGCUUUCAGGAGUAUUUUCCUUUACUUCAUAUUGUCCGUAAUGUCAUUUAAAUCUACAAUACCUUUAAUUAAAUCUAUAGUACCUAUCAGAGCCGGUAUUAUGUAUGACCGAGUGAUUAAUCGAAGGGAUAUGAAUAUUUUAGCAACUCGUUGUAAAUGAUGAUUGCAUUCUAACAGUAUGAAAGGAUGAGAGAGAGAAAAAUCGUUGUCCUCUGUGUGUUUAUUCGUUUGAUCUCCACGAUUGGUAGGUGAGAAAUAAAAAAAAGAAUAAAAAAGACGAUAGCGUAGCGUCUCGUUUCGAAUCGUUCCAGUUCCUUCGGUGAAUAAAUAAACUACAUUGUUGCGUGGGAUUUUUCCUAAAGACGAAAAAGAAAACGCAGUGGUUCCUAAUUUUUUAAUACGCCCAUCACCGGCUACGAUCCGUAGCUUCGUUAAUUCAUCCGUUCGCGCCUAAUUCUCGCACGGUAGUCGGUGUUUAAUUAAUCAAACAGCGAGAAUAUAUCAAAAGAAAAAUUGUACAUCCCGGUGUGUCUUGUUUUGCGAGUUUUAAGUUGAUGCAACCAGGAAUAAUCGGAUGUCCCUACCCUUUUUCUUUGUUGUUUCAUUUUUUGUUUUACUCUUUAUUUCGUCGAAUUGCUUAGGUGUUACAAAUAAGCAACGUGAUUGUAAUCGUUGUACCCCCAUGACGCCUAAAAGUCCAAUAAAUGAUAUUUACA